AUGGCGGACCUGGAUUUUAUGGAGCGGAACCCGUUUGGAGAGUACCAGCACCUACUCCAGGAGCUGCGUCUGGAUGACGGUCGCUUUCAGCGGUACCUCCGUCUAUCCAGGACCCAGUUUGAGGACCUACUGUCCCAUGUUGGGGGACAAAUCAGCCCUUUGGAUACUAACUACAGGCACUGUAUCCCUGCUGCAGAAUAUCUGUCCUCUGUUGGGAAAACUACCAGCGUUGCAAUCAGCAAGAUACCCAUCCAGUUUGCUUUUCAAGUGGAUCCUGCAGCACCAUCCUGCUCAGAAGGUGUUUAUCUGCCAAGAUUUCUGGUACCAACUCCAGGACACGGAGCUCAGUUCUACACUCCCGUCAGUGUGGCUCUGAAGAUCAACAUCACAGCAGCUGCAACUCAGUCUGAGAUCACUGGGCUCCUGGUCAGCGGGCCGUACAAUGUGGUCAAGAGUUCUUCAGGAUCAGGAAGCUUCUCUCUGACGUGGAAACCAUCUGCAAGUGAAGAUGGACAGAGCCAUCCCAUCUGUUUUGUUGUCCAGGCAAGUUUCAACAGCUCUGUGUAUCAGUCUGAGCUUCGAUGUGUCGUUGUGACAGUUAGAGACAAACCAGUGACUUCUGUUAACGUUCUGAAAAUGAAGAUCUCAUCUGCGCUGUCAUUGAAGGACAAUCAUGUCACCAUCGAAAAUUUGAUAAAAGAAGGACUGAUGAGCCGAGGGUUUCCACCAGGCUUAACUUUACGCCUGCUGAGCAACAGACCUUAAAGUUACAAGAAUGCCGCCCCCUAGUGGCCACUCAUGAUCAUUACAUGGAGAAGGGGCCCACUCCAUCUGUCAUAUUCUAUUUUUGGACAAUAAACUGUAACUUCAACAGGAUUCAUACAAUACAUGUUCUGUUUAAUAUAGUUUAACUACAAUCAAAAAACCAGUAAAUCCUAGAAAAGGAUACAUUUUUCACAAUCUGCUUAUUGAUUUACUCUCAAUGUUGUUACAGUUUUAAGUAAUUCCUUAAUCUUAUCCUGGAUGUUUCUGUAAAGAAAUAUUUUUUUGUCUCUUCAUUUCUUCUGUACCUGCUUCUGCUGUGUUUGUUGCUACUGGGACCUGAAUAGUGGAGCAAGGUGAGAAACUGAUUAAUUUAGUCUCUCAUUAUUUGACCCAAAGAAGUCUCAUCAAUAUUUGCAGUCUGAAAACGUUAGUCUGUUAAUUAUCAUUAUAUAUUUGUUUUAACUACCAAGUGACAGGACUUAUUCUAUGUAUAAUGUAGUAUGCUAAUGUUUAUUUUUGUGCUAUAUAAAUUAGAACAGUAAGGUGUGGUUUUGGCAAUGCAUGGAGAAAUAACGGAUUAAAUAAGUUUAUACUUUCAUCCAUUUCUUUGAUAAUAUUAAACUAAUCUAUAAUGUAUACACGUUUAUUUUUAUCCUGUUGAUAACCUGCAUAUAUCUCAAUAAAGCAAAUCAAAAUUU